CGAAAUCUAUCAACAGGAACUGCCGCCACCGCAAGCGCCAUUUUCAGGCUCCAACACGAAUCUGCGCCAUCUCGAAAAGUUUGAGAAAGGGGACGUUUAUCCCUGACAUAGUGGAUAUUCUACUGGGUUAUUUCAUCAACAACAGAAGUUUGUAAUUUAAAGGGAAUCCAUAGAGGGGUUUUGGAAUAACGUCAGCGAAUGAAGUUGCUGGCUAGCUGCUGUCGCUAGCUUACUUUGCUAAUAUUAGCAAUAUAUUUAUCUAGCCAACUUAUCGCUAUCACCGCAAGUGAAGUGUUUACAUUUUCAGUGAAGGCUGGGGAUGUAUCAGCAUCUAUUGUCGACGGAUGAUAUCCUAGUCAUGCUUGGAGAAUCACUUAAUCAUCACACGGAGUCAAAUUUAGACAACGUAGAGAAUAAUAACUCCACAACCGUAACUUCGCAUUCUACGGGGGCGAACAUCAACAAAACAAGACAUGCUCUGUUCAAGAAAGGUAGCCGAAGAGUGCGCUCGACUGCCUCCAACUACCAAAACAGCAUCCAACGUUCCCAACAACAGAACCAGAAACAUGGACUUCUAAGAAUAAACAACCCAGUGCGUCGGGCAGACAUAAACAACAACGCAGUAAUGCGGCCGAAAUCUCCUGUGCUGCUGAAUGCAGAACCGGGGACGAACAAAUCUCAAGCCGCAGUGUUGGGCACCCAUCUGCUCAAAGUGGGGUCGAAAAGGGAGCUGCUGAAAUCAAAAACAGGACGACCAGAGCGUUCAUCUCAGCUAGGAAAUCAGACCAUCUACGGCCCCAGUAAAUGUGAGCAGCCACCACCGAACGUCAGUAACCGGGGCCAGAAGAGCAGAUGUAGUGCAGCUGGGAAAACAUCUGUGAAGAAGUCUGACAACAGUUGUCACCAGAGGCCUCAGUCCAGCAGUAAAGAGGUUAAAAAACCAUUCAGCAUUGCAGAUAAUAUCAGCCUUGUGAAUUUAUGCCAGCCUGAGUUUGUCCCAGAAGACAGCUUAAAAGAUGGAGAGAAGGUGUACGCAGGUGCGAAGUUCAGUGAGCCUCCAUCACCCAGUGUUCUUCCCAAGCCACCGAGUCACUGGGUUGGUGAGAAUGCACCUCCGUGUGCCGGUGAUGGCAGAGAGCAAAUGACUUCUCAUUUAAAAUCUCUGCUUAAGGUUCCUGAUAAGCCAUGAUGUGAACAUCAGGCAACAAGAAAUCACCAUUUUAAAAAUUAUGCCCAGUCCUCUAGUGCUCCGAUAAAAAAAAAAUCCAUAGGAAAAUUGCUCUUGAAACAUGCAGGCUUGUUGCAACAGAAAAUCUUGAAUUACUGGACUUCUGAUUCAUUGUCUUACAGUUGGGAUGAAAGAAUUGUCAGAACAUUUCUAACACAAUUUGUACAUUUAUGUAUUAUAAUACAUGUAAUAUAUGUGUAUAUUUUCAUGUUUUAACAGAGUGAAAUCUAGUUUUGUUACUGAAGCUUGAAAAUGAUGUAUAUUGCAAUCAGGUGUACUCUCAAAGUGUUAAACACAUUGCAUGUAAGAUGUCUUACAACUUUGCACAAGAUAACAGAGGGGUCCUGUAAGUUGUGAGAAAAGUGGAAGACAUGAUGUAGUAGGGUAUUGUUAACCCGUUGUUGUGAUGUGAUUGAUUUGUGCUGACCAUGGCUGAAUGAAAAGUGGCCAGUUGAAGUGGGACAGUCUGGAAAGCUCAUACAAUUGACUGAUUGAACAUAUAAAUGGAUGCAAGGUUGGCAGUUGGAUCCACUCUGAAUUGAGAAGUCCUACGUGCAGGAGUUAUUACAGUACAACUGAUCCAGAAGAAGACAUCUUCAAAAUCAGGUCUUUUUUCGCAAGCACUGACAUGUCUCAUCUUAUAACAACAAUUACUUUAUGGCCAGUGGCACUAGCACUAGCUACCAUUUCCCUUCUGUGUCUUUGUUGAUAUAAAUCAAAAUUCUCAGAUUUAUUCACUCCAAACUGUAUUUUAAUGGCCACAGAUAUGGGCAAAUCUAUUUGCACUGACAAUUUAUCUAGUUACAUUUUAUUCUGGCAAUGCAUUUUUCACUGAGCUUAUAAGGCAAUGGUGUGUCAAGUAAUACAACAUAUUUUGUUGCAACAAAUCCAGUUGGAUAGACUGUGGAUGUGAGCAUUUCCCAUUAUUAAUUUGGUAUGUGAAACAAACAUUUUAUUUAUUUUUACAAAUUAAUACAAUAAAACAAUUGGCUUCCCCCA